AUGCCGAGCAUAUAUCAUGGAGAGUCGUUGAGGUCCUUAGUUGAAAGAGAUUCAACAGAUGAUGGUUGGGCUGGAGCCGGUGGUGCCAGAUGGGCUUUCUUUGCAAUAUUUAUCGUUUUAAUUCUUAUUAUUGUGAUGGGUACUUUGAAGGUAAAUAAAAGAAGAACUCAACACGGCGUUCAGCCCAUAUACGGUACUAGAUGGAUGACGCCACCGUCAUAUUUGCAGUCACAGAACCAAUACAAUCAGCUGAGCGGUCGAGAUCCAGAGAUGCCAAGUUCCUAUGUUCCUGCUUAUUCUGCAACGGCAAACGAAUAUGACAUGGGUUACUAUGAUCGAAAUGGCGAAUUUCAUCCCAACCCUAAUGCAAAGUCUUCAGGACCAUUGAGUAAUUCUAGUCCACAGUAUCCAGAACAAGCUCAUCAUAGACAGAGUGGAACCAGCGAUGGGUCGCCAAUCAAUCCUACGGUACCUAAUAACAAUAAUAAUAACAAUACAUUAGACACUCAUCUAGAAGCUAACGAAGAGGAUGGUGAUUUGUUUCGUCCUCCACAUGGCCCUCCUCCUCAAAGAAGUCAAGCGACGCAAGCAAUGCAAGCUACUACAGAAAUAUCUUCUUCAAUGCCAGGAGCAUUUAAAAACCAUUCGACGCCCCCACCCAAAGCAGACGAUAUAGCUGAAGGCUCGUCGACGGGGCUGGAAAGCUUACCUCCUUUCUCAGAAGUUUCCGACCCUAAGACUUUAAAUUCAGGAAAAUUUUAA